AUUCGGAUCUUUGUAGCCAAAAAAAGCUCCUGAACCUCAGCCAAGGGCCCAACGUGAUCCAAGAUCCAACCAUGAUCCAAGUUCCAACCAUCCAAGAUCCAAACCUCACCCAAGGUCCAAACUCAUCCAAGGUCCAAUUUCAUCCAAGAUCCAACCUCAUCCAAGAUCCAGCUAUCCAAGAUCCAGACGUGAUCCAAGAUCCAACCAUGAUCCAAGUUCCAACCAUUCAAGAUCCAACCUCAUCCAAGAUCCAACCUCAUCCAAGGUCCAACCAUCCAAGAUCCAUCCAUGAUCCAAGUUCCAACCAUCCAAGUUCCAAACCUCAUCCAAGGUCCAAACCUCAUCCAAGGUCCAACGAUCCAAGAUCCAUCCAUGAUCCAAGUUGCAACCAUCCAUGUUCCAAACCUCAUCCAAGUCCAGGAGCUGUUUCGAUCCUCACCGGAACUCACCCCCAGCAGUGCCAUUUUCCAAACCUCAUCCCAAACCCCUUCCUAAAGCGUCUCUGGAAAAACAAAUCCCAAAAAUCCCGGCUCUCCCUCAUCCUCCCGCUCUUCCCGGUGUCGCCGUUCCGGCCGGGAAGUUACGUCAGCCUCCGGAUGCGGCGGUUCUGGCGCUCGAUGCCGAGCGUGGCGCGAUCCACGGAGCUGCCGAUGGAAUCCAGGGCCUCGUCCUGCCUUUCCAGCUCCGCCUCCGUCUCCAGGGCCAGGCCCUUGAGCUGCUGCAGGAUCUGCGGGAAACACGGAGAGAUCCCAGUCAGGGCUGCGGGAUAA